UGCUGACACCAGAACGGAAUCCGAAAGUGAAUCAGCCGAUAGCGUUGAACCCUGUAACAGGGCGAAAACGUUUCCAAUUUACUGCGGGGAAUUUUUCGGAAACGAAACUUCGGCUGGAACCUGAUUGGUGUGUUUGUCAACACAGCGACAGCGGGCCGUGAGAUCAGCCCAGCGGCGCGGUGACGUUCAGAAACGGGGGUAGAAGAUAAAGCGAGCCGGGGGAGGCGGAGAGACGCAGAGUUGCAGGAGCGGGGAUACCGAUCAGCAGCAGCCGGAGAAUUUCUAUUGAUUUACCCGGACCGGAGCUGGAAGUCGGUGCGGAAUAAAGGGCAAAGAAAAAAAGCUGCGGAUCAGAUUUUCUUCAGAUUCGUCCUGACUUCCGCGAUUUGACAAGAUGAGACUUCAGGUGAGGUUUAUCACCGGCGAUGGUUUCGAACUUGAUGUCGACCCUUCCAUUCAAGUGUCGACACUCAAGAUGAAAAUCCAGGAAAAGACCAACGUGCCCAUUUCCCAACAGCGUCUGAUGAUGCAAAAUGGCCAAAGCGUGGAGAUGCAGGACCAGAGAAGUCUAAGCUACUACAACCUCAACCCCAGCCCCACCGUCAUGUUGCUGGUCAGGAAAGAGGAAUCCAUGCAGAUAUUUCUCCUGAAUGACAAAGGGAAAACCUCGACGUACGACGUGAUGCCCUCUGAGUCCGUGCAGAAUUUUAAAGAGCGGGUCCAUCGGCAGGAGGGGGUCAGACCCGACCAGCAGCGCCUGGUUUACGAGGGCAAACAGUUGGAGGAUGGGCGAUUGCUCUCCGACUACAACAUCAGACCACUAACCACCAUCUCUCUGCUGCUCCGGCUACGUGGAGGAUCCCCUGGGUUUCUCUUUAGGGCCCUGGUUGGUGAUGGAGGCGGGCUGACCAUUGGUGAGGUCAGCUGUAACACAUCCUACACUUACAAAGUUCCGCUGAUGCUGACACCAGAACGGAAUCCGAAAGUGAAUCAGCCGAUAGCGUUGAACCCUCGAUUUGACAAGAUGAGACUUCAGGUGAGGUUCAUCACCGGCGAUGGUUUCGACCUUGAUGUCGACCCUUCCAUUCAAGUGUCGACACUCAAGAUGAAAAUCCAGGAAAAGACCAACGUGCCCAUUUCCCAACAGCGUCUGAUGAUGCAAAAUGGCCAAAGCGUGGAGAUGCAGGACGACAGAAGUCUGAGCUACUACAACCUCAACCCCAGCCCCACCGUCAUGUUGCUGGUCAGGAAAGAGGAAUCCAUGCAGAUAUUUCUCCUGAACGACAAGGGGAAAACGACGACGUACGACGUGAUGCCCUCUGAGUCCGUGCAGAAGUUUAAAGAGCGGGUCCAUCGGCAGGAGGGAGUCAGACCCGACCAGCAGCGCCUGGUUUACGAGGGCAAACAGUUGGAGGAUGGGCGAUUGCUCUCCUACUACAACAUCAGACCACUAACCACCAUCUCUCUGCUGCUCCGGCUACGUUAUGUUCCGGUCAAGAUCGGGCUUCACAUUCUCGGCUUCCCUGUGCCUGUGUUAUUGUUGCAGAUGCUGACACCAGAACGGAAUCCGAAAGUGAAUCAGCCGAUAGCGUUGAACCCUCGAUUUGACAAGAUGAGACUUCAGGUGAGGUUUAUCACCGGCGAUGGUUUCGAACUUGAUGUCGACCCUUCCAUUCAAGUGUCGACACUCAAGAUGAAAAUCCAGGAAAAGACCAACGUGCCCAUUUCCCAACAGCGUCUGAUGAUGCAAAAUGGCCAAAGCGUGGAGAUGCAGGACCAGAGAAGUCUAAGCUACUACAACCUCAACCCCAGCCCCACCGUCAUGUUGCUGGUCAGGAAAGAGGAAUCCAUGCAGAUAUUUCUCCUGAAUGACAAAGGGAAAACCUCGACGUACGACGUGAUGCCCUCUGAGUCCGUGCAGAAGUUUAAAGAGCGGGUCCAUCGGCGGGAGGGGGUCAUACCCGACCAGCAGCGCCUGGUUUACGAGGGCAAACAGUUGGAGGACGGCCGAUUGCUCUCCGACUACAACAUCAGACCACUAACCACCAUCUCUCUGCUGCUCCGGCGACGUGGAGGCUGAUUUACUCCUGCAGACGGUUGAGAAAACUGUGAUUAAAAAUAAUUUAUUGGUAUUUUAUUGCAUUCCUAUAUUCUGUCGUGAGCACUUUGUUACUGUGUAUCCUUGAUCCUGUGUAUCUGCUACGUUCCACACUGACAUUCACAAGUUGGACAAAGGACCGAUUUCCGCUCUGUAUUAAUGCUGUACUGAUGGGGUGUCUGUCGGACAAUGACAUAAAUUCCCAUCGACGUUUGUCGCUUAUCACCUUGUUGCCUUCUUAGCCUGGAAAACAUGGGUUGUCAGUUUUGCAGAGGCCAGAUAUUAACAAUAUCCAAGGAACUCUGGCAACCUGCACCUCCUCUUCAGAUCAAUGUAACUCCGAAUGGCUGAUCACAAUCUGAUGGUCCAUGACUUCCCACAUAUAAUGGGUCUCACUCAGAGACCCGAAAUAACUGUUGUGGCAAUUUCAAUUUACAAUGUUUUAAAACAAAUCCCACUAAAAAGAUUGGGUUUGAUGGGGGAGGGGGAGAUGACUUACUGCUUGACCUUAACGACCUCAAGAAUUGUUUGCUUCAGUUCCUGUGUUCUUCCAAUGGAUCUUUAUUUUCAUUUUAGCAUUAAAAUUUAAUGAAAUCAGAUUAGUUGAGGUUCUAAAUGCUUUGCAAUUUUCAUUGUUGAAAUUUCCAAUAUGAUUUGAAAUG